AUGACACAGCCUGGUUCACUGCUCAAGUUCAGUGGACAUUUCCAUUUUCGACACAGGCUUGCAUUGUCAUUUCUCAGUGGAAAGCCUGUACGGAUUGAUAAAAUACGACCCGAUGACAAGGAUCCCGGUCUCAGAGAUUUCGAGGCGAGCCUGUUGCGAUUAUUGGAGAAGGUGACGAAUGGGACGGUUAUCGAGAUAUCCUACACUGGUACUUCUGUCUUGGUGAAGCCUGGUGUCAUUUCUGGAGGUAGUAUCACGCAUGACUGCCCGCUAUCUCGUUCCGUCGGCUACUUCCUCGAGCCUAUUGUCAUGCUUGCUCCGUUCUCGAAGAAACCGUUUAACAUUACUCUAAGAGGGAUCACGACGGACGAGCGGGACCUCUCAGUCGACCUUUUACGGACUGUCACACUUCCCCAUCUCCAAUUAUUUGGAAUUGACGAUGGGUUGGAGCUGAGAAUCAAGAAACGAGGAGCUAUCCCACUCGGGGGAGGCGAAGUCCAAUUCCUUUGUCCGAUAGUAAAACAAGUCAAAACGCUCAACUUCGUCGAUCGCGGAAAAAUCAAGCGGAUACGAGGCAUUUCACAUGCAGUACGUGUGAGCCCGCAAUUUUCGAAUCGCAUGAUCGACGCGGCACGUUCGGUCCUCAAUCGUUUCAUCCCUGAUAUCUAUCUCUAUUCGGCUGUCUACAAAGGCGAGGAUAGUGGCAAAUCCCCAGGCUACGCUCUCUCGCUCUUAGCAGAAUCCACAACCGGAGCUCUCCACUGUGCCGAAGCUGUUUCCGUCCCAGGCGGUACACCGGAAGACACCGCACUCAAAGCCACUUACACCCUCCUCGAAGAAAUAAAACGUGGAGGAUGUGUAGACCGAAACCACCAAAUUCUCGUUCUGCUAUUCAUGGUCCUCGGGAGUGAGGACAUUGGUCGAUGUCGGAUGGGCGAGCCGACUCCUAGGACUAUUCAAUUCCUCCGAGACGUUAGGGAUAUCUUCGGUGUAUCAUUUAAGAUUGCACGAGCAGAUACUUCGAAUCCCGAUUCUACGGAACUCAUCUUCUCCUGCUUUGGCACUGGAUAUGUCAAUGCAAACCGGACGCUUGCAUAAAUCUCGCCCCGUUCUCUUUAUGCAUUUUUUCUACGUCUUCUUAUCUCGUGUACAACAUUUGAAGCAAAUCUGUAAUGCUAAUAGACUUGUGAUACACAAAAGUAAAAUACUACCUGUAUAUAAUCUCCACCUUCCCAAAGUCCCCAUCACCCUUCCCUCCUCCAAUCGUAACAAGAUGCUUCUCAAGUGCAGGCCAACCAAGUUCAAAAUUCACACCUAACUCAUCAGCAUGGCGUGUCCCAUCAAGAAGCUCCUUCAAACCAAGUGGAACAGCAUUCGCAGAAGCGACAGGUGUAGUUGUUCCAGCAAGGUUCAAGCUGGACGCGGAAUACGUCUGCAUUAGCGCUGCUGCUGCGUGUGAUGAUGGAGAACGCGAGAGACGUGGUCGAGUGGGAGUUGCUAACCCGCUCCCUCCGCCUUCUUCUGUCACGAUGCUGCUGCUACCCAUUGAGCUUAGAGCAGUUGCAGUCCCACUAGUAGUGAAGUUAGGUUGUACGAGCGAGUUCUUGCGUGAACCUCGUCCGUCACCUCCCGUCCGAGAGUACCGCUGCGUACGCGGAGAUGUAUUAAUUUGAUUACCACUACUAGCUAUCGGCGUGCCUACAGAACCCAUCUGCGCUCCGUCACCACGAUCGAUUUCACGUCGGAACUGUUCGAGGUAUUUCUCCGCAGCGCUCGCCCGGCGCGCAGGACGCAUACGUUCACGGUCUGCUUCUCCGAGAGAGGGAUGUCUCCCGAGUCCCGCGCUCUGAGUUGUUGGUGGUGUGGGAACUUGAAAUUGACCAUCUGCGUUCCUCUGGAACGAAAAUGCACUGGCACCGGUGAAUACGGGAGGGGUAGUUGCUCCGGAGCCGCCUUGUCCGACAGAUGGGCCGGUGGACAUUGUAAGACUCUUCCCGCGCCGCCGUCCGAAGGACGCAGACGCAGAAGAUGCGCGUCGUUCUUUUUCUUUAUCGGUCGGACUUGUUGGGAUGAGGACUGGCCAUCUGUGAACACGGCGAAGGAAGCCCUUGAUCACUCCGAAACUGACGAAACGUCGAGGGUCGAUUCCAUGUUUGUUAGACGUGUCGAAGUCAUGCAUCCACUCAAAAACUGUGAUUCCGGGUUUUAAUCGACAGUACAAGUCCAUUAGUUCGGGCCAUUCUGAAAUCUCGCGAUCUGAACGCGUCACGUAUGGACCACAUUCAUCCCGGACGUGAGGCUCGUCCGCAAGCCAUGCAACUGAGCGACAUAAAGUAUACAUGUUACUGAAUUGGAAUAUGUCGAUCAUCAUAAUGACCUGGUAGAAUAAAAGAUGCUGGAUCGCUUUACGAGUGAGGUCCAAGUCACAGUCCGCCAGGAAGGCUAUACGGCUAACGUGGUUUGUGCCGUCGAUGUAUUGGCAAACCUUAGCCAUUGUCAGAUCCCAAUUGUCUUCUAUCCUCUUCUUGAGAUUGAUGAGUGCAACAGGUACAUCCCAGUCAUGCACUUCCGGAGGAUUAGGGUAGAACGGGAAUAUCUUCAGUUCUAUAGAGUUGAACUUGUCGAUCGGAAUAGAGGUCUCGGAGUAUGAGUUAAGAUCUUCGAAGAGUUGUUCGAGGAUAGCGUGUAUUUUAUGAGAUGUCUCUGGAGAACUGAGGAAAUACGACUCCUCCUCACAUGUAGUUAAAACUCGCCCAACUUUUCGUACAAUAGGCUCAUAACAACUCAAGUCUGCAGUCCGCUCGAAGACAAAGCAUACGUUAUACCGGAAGAAAUUCCGUUCAUAUCGCUCCGGGUUGCACAACUCGACAGGAAAUCCAAUGAUCUGGUGUUUCCUCGUCGUGCAAGUGACGAGUCUGCCGCAUAACGCGCUGGGUGGAAUAACAUAUCUUGAGAUAUCCUCGAAUUUGAAGAGGCAUCGGUUUGUCGAGGCGGGACGUAAGGAUGAUGAUCCCAAGGUAUCCCGAGAGUUGGCUAGAUGCGAAUAACGCGACACACUCGAUGCCCGCGAAGGGUUUGCAGUUUCUCCAUUCCUACUCUCCGAGGUAUUUGUCGAAGCCCGUUCAGGAGAUGAGCUUCUAGCAACAGAACCCGAUAUGCUUGAGUUCAGCAGUUGACUUGGAGGAGCGACAAUUAG